GUAGUUUUCAUGUCACUCUGUUGCGUGCUAAAAUCUAUCAACACAGUUGCUGAUGUGCACAACUAACAACUGUUUUACUUCAAUAGAGUUUGCCAGCCGUUAUUGAAACAAAAAGUUAUUCAGUGUAAAAACUAAAAAAGCAAUGCCGAAGUCUAAAAUUACCAAGAGUUUAAAAAUUCACACUCUGAUUCCCGAGUUUGGUUCGGAUGUAUUUUGUACUGAUGGGACCGUUUUAUUUUGCAAUAUUUGUUCAGUAAAAGUUAAUCACGAAAAAAAAUAUUAUAUACAGCAGCAUAUUAAAAGUGAAAAACAUAUAAAAGGAUUAUAAAUAAAGAAAAACAGACCCAAAUGAUAGCACCAUUUGUGGAAAAGAAUGUAUUUUACGCAGAUAUUACUAAAAUGAUGAUUGCAUGCGGAAUUCCACUUUAUAAAUUGAAGAGUGUGGAAUUCAAAUCAUUCUUUGAAAAAUACGUUCAGGAAUCCCUUCCCGAUGAAUCAACUCUUAGAAAAAAUUACGUGAAGGAUUGUUACGAGUCCGUUUUGCAGAAAAUUCGUUUAGAAAUAGGAGAAAGCCCCAUCUUUGUGUCCAUCGAUGAAACUACAGAUAAGGCAGGCCGCAGUGUAACCAACGUUAUUGUUGGACCGUUGCGUGAAAGCGGACGCGGCUAUCUCUUGACGGUGGAGGUGUUGGAUAAGGUGAACUCAUCAACAAUCGCAACAUUGUUUGACGAUUCUAUGCACAUUUUAUGGCCAAUAGGAUUCCAACGUGAAAAAGUGUCGGUAUUUGUGACUGAUGCAGCACCCUACAUGAAGAAAAGUGCGUUAUCAUUGAAGCUGCUUUAUCCUAAUAUGAUUCAUAUCACCUGCGUCGCACAUGGCGUACACCGGGUCUGCGAAUCUCUACGCUCGAAGUACUCAGAUGUUGACGUCUUAAUUUCAAACUUAAAAAAAGUUUUCUUGAAAAGCCCAUUCAGGGUGGCAGUUUUCAAAGAAAUGGAACCCAAUCUUCCUCUGCCUCCUCAGCCGGUGAUAACUCGAUGAGGCACAUGGCUAAUUGCAGCCGUAUAUUAUGCCGAAAACUAUGAUUCCAUCAAAAGAAUAAUUGACCAAAUAACGGACGAUGCAGCAUGUGUCAGUUUCUCGAAGCAAUUGUUGAGCAAAAAAUCGGUUCAGGGGAAUUUGAUAUAUAUAAAAUGCAAUUUUGGUUUUCUUUUAGAGGAAAAAGUUUUCGAACGUCUACAGAAAACAGGUUGUGGAAAAACCAAAUUCUCAGUAAAAAAUUAAUAAUUCACAUACACUUUUUAUGUAAUUGUAGGAACUCCAGUUGGUGAGGUAUUAAAUAUUUUGGAUAACAUUGAGAAGCGGCUUAUAGAAGCGCAGGGACCUAUUGCCAAAUUGGUGUUGGAAAA